AUGCAAGAGGGCGUCAUUGACGUCAACGCUGGUGGGGAAGCCGUUGGUCGCUUCCAGGCGGAAGACGACAGUUGGAUCUUCGGCCCCACUUCGUUUUGGGAUGGCCCUCCGGGAGUCGUCAUCGGGGGAGCUGAGGAACGCAAUGCCCCAGCCCUUAUUUCUCAACGGUACGGUCUUGACGGUGCCGUGUGGGGUUACAGAAUCCCUGUCGAGAAACCGGGCAUUUAUGCGUGCAGCGUCCAUUUUGCAGAAACGGAUUCGGCAUCGUUUGCUGUAGGCGCGCGCAUAUUUGAUGUCCGAAUCAUGGACGAGGUUAUAACGGGAAUUGACGUCUACGAAGAAGCUGGGCCAGCGCGAUUUACGUCCGUUGUUAGAACAUUUACUGAUCUUAAGGUUGGGGAUGAGCUCUUCUUGGAAUUCACCCCUGUCAAAGGGGAUGCCUUUUUGUCGGCUCUCACAUGCGAAAAGACUGCGGAGCAUGGCUCUAACGAUCCGAUGGCGGUUAACAUCUCUGGUUCGGAAUCUCCGGAAGCUAGCCCGAUGAAUCUUGAUGCGUCCCCAGCGCUCGAAGAACCGGCCACAUUCGCGAGUCCAGGCGUGGACCCCAGUGUAAUCGCUUCACCAAUGGCAGAAUCUCCGUUUGAAGACAUGCCCCCCAGUCCUCUCGGGGAACUAGAGACUGCUGAUCCGUCGCCCAUCCCAACUGUGUCAGCAUCGAACAUCGUCACAGUCACACCCGACCCGGAUCCCACUCCUGAAGAUCCUGAGAGCAUUCUGGAACCGUCGCCUAUUGACCCUCUUAAUGGGCCCGUGGAGGGCACUACAAAUACGGCAACACCGGACAGUGAAUUGACUGCUGGGGACGGACAGCGUUCGGAAAAAUAUAGACUGCUAGGCUCUAUCUCAGACACAAGCAGUUUCACUCCCCAGAUGAAAGAAGUGUUGAUCGCCGAGAGUCAGACGUUUACCUCCAGCGAUUCAGAAUGGGCCAUGAUUCACUUGCAAGAAGAAACAAUUGAAGCCGUAACCCGUCAAGAGAAACUGCAACUCGUAACUCGCCAAGGCGCACGUGUUUAUCAGAUUGAUCUCCAAGCCCUUUAUCCAUCACCUGAAUAUGAGGAUGAAGUCCAGCGAUUUAAGGAAUUUGUAUCCGAAGGAAGGUUGACGUUAGCGUUGCAGAACAGAGGAAUUAGCAAUCUAGCAAUAAGUUUCGAAGAAGAACCCCCAGGCCAGAAUCCACCUAGUAAUUCGCCCGAAGCUUCCACUACAUCGACCUCCAAAGUUGUUGGCAUAGUCGUGGGAUGCGUUCUUGGUGUGCUUUUGGUUGUUGCAGUGGGUGUCUUCGUAAUAGUGCGAAGGAGCCACGGAAUCGAUGCGAGCCAGAAUGGAUUCGAUGCACCACCGCCUGCCAUGACAGAAUCUGAGAUAUCAUCGGUGAUGGAAAGAUCGGAAACAGCCGCGUCAGUCGAAUACUUGGACGAUGAUUCCACCUUCACUGCAGCCACAAGUCGGGCUGGCGAUCAUAUAGAUCAGGUUGCGUUUGACAAAGACGUUUUCGGUCGGGGAACAGCAACCGGGUCGCAUGGUGUAUCCUAAUGCGCAAGCGAGAGAUGUCCGGAAAGCUGUUUGACUAUUGGGAACCUAAAUCCCGCUUUUUUAACUGUAAAGGGAGAACUGCUCUCUCCUGUAGAUGUGGAGAAGUGCUCCUUGGAAGCUCGCUCUCUACAUGCAUUAACGAUAUUCAGAUGCUGCCCGCUUCUUCGCGAGUCUUUGACCUAGUCCCUUAGUCAUUGAUCCGGUGAUUCUUCUCUGUACAUUUCCUAUUGUUAUUCUCGAGAGACUAAUCGAUAAUUUCAUUCGAUAAAGAUUCCGAGACCGUGC